AUGACAUUCCCACCCUCCUUUCUUACCCUCGCCUUCGCCUUCCUCCUCGCCGCAUCCGUCGCGCCUCUGUUGCGCCCGGCGGUCAACGCCCUCGGCUCCUCCUCCACCACCGCCGUCGUCUCCGGCACGUCCACCGUCUGCGGCAUCGUCGCCGGCCAGGCCACCCAGAGGAUCGAGUGCUACCAAGACAACCGCCUCGUCUCCGUCGAGCCCAACGCCUCCUUCGAAGCCAUCUCCGGCGGCUCCACCUUCUUCUGCGGCCUCCUCUCCGGCGGCUCUGCCGUCCUCUGCUGGGAUACGACCGCCACGAGCUUCCCGCCGAAGCGUAUCUACUACAGCGAGACGGUCAAGCUGAUCGAUCUGACCGUGGGCGACGAUCAUGUUUGCGCAUUGGAGGUCAACACGAGCAUCGCCAGAUGCUGGAGAGGAGAGAGAAACGGGUCGAAGUUUCCGUCGCCACCAGAGGCGUGGCGGUUCCGUGCAAUCACCUCUGGGAGUGGUUACGCGUGCGGGAUUCUGAAGAACAACAGCAGAGUCGUGUGCUGGGGGGACAAUGCAGCUGGAGCUGAGAUUCAGGGGCAAUUCGGUGAUCUGACAAUGUCGACAUUAGUCGCCGGAGUUUCGCACGCCUGCGGAUUAACGUCGAACGGGACUCUAGUUUGCAAGGGGAACAACGACCACGGACAGUUGGUCGUUCCUUUCAACUCGGCUUUCGAGUUCUCUGGCAUCGCAUUGGGGGCGAAUUUUAGCUGCGCAGUCCGGCGAACCAACGGCCUCGUCAUAUGUUGGGGAGGAGAGACCGACAGAUUUGAGUAUGAUAUCGAUUCGGUGGAGAGCGUGUCGUUUGAGACAAUUGUGGCAGGAUCAGAUGUAAUUUGCGGGCUGAUCACCUGGAACUUGACCAUGACAUGCUGGGGACCAGGUUGGUCCAAUAAGUCGAGCAAUAUUCUCGGAAGCGAUCUUCCUCUAGGAAUGAUCAUUCCCGGCCCCUGUGUGAAGACUCCGUGCAGCAUCUGCGGUACGUAUCCAAAUUCCGAAACGUUGUGUCACGGGUCCGGAACCAUUUGCAGAUCUUGUCAGGUCGAGCUUCCAAUUGCAUUGCCGCUUCCGCCAGUGGAAUCGCCACCUUCCCAAAAUCUGCGGCCGCCUUCUCAUCCCGGAAGAUCCCUGAACCGGCUCUCUCUGGCAUUCGUGAUCGUUGGGUCGGUUGGGGUUUUCGUCGGAGCCUGCACGAUUCUCUACUGCUUGUGGGCUGGAGUUUGUGGUUACGUUGGCAAGAAGUUGAACUACCCCGUGCAAGCGCAACAAGAAGUUCCCGAGACUUCUUUGGAUUCAAUGGCUAAUGUCGAUCCUAGUGCCCAACAUUCGAGAUCGGUUUCCUACAAGGGGCAGAGCUCCGGUUCUUUGAACCGCGACAUAGGCAGAUCAUGGCCGUCGAAGCAAAUAGACAAGACCGAAGUUUUUUCCCUUUCGGAACUCGUGGCUGCCACGAACAGCUUCUCAUCAGAGAACAAGAUUGGCAGCGGCAGCUUUGGUGCGGUCUAUAUAGGGAAACUCGCGGAUGGUCGCCUAGUGGCGAUCAAGAGGGGCGAAACUUAUAUGAGGACGGAGAAGGCCCGGGAGAAAGAAAGCGCAUUCGUCUCGGAACUAGCGCUCCUGCCGCGCUUGAACCACAAGCACUUGGUGGGCCUAGUAGGAUUUUGCCAGGAAGAGGACGAGAGGCUUCUUGUUUACGACUACAUGGGCAACGGUUCGCUUCAUGACCACUUGCAUAAAACCGAGGCCAUCGGAGCGAGCAGCAAGAUUUUGAAUUCCUGGAAAUUGAGGAUUAAAGUAGCUUUAGAUGCCGCUAGGGGAAUCGAGUAUCUUCACAACUACGCUGUGCCACCCAUAAUCCACAGAGACAUCAAGUCAUCCAACAUUCUUUUAGAUUCAAAUUGGACUGCCAGAGUGUCCGAUUUCGGGUUAUCUCUAAUGAGGCCGGAAUCGGACCAAAAAUACGUGUCGAGCAAAGCGGUCGGGACAGUUGGGUACAUCGACCCUGAGUACUACGUGACGAAUGUCUUGACGACGAAAAGCGAUGUGUAUGGCUUAGGAGUAGUGUUAUUGGAGCUCUUGACAGGAAAGCGGUCCGUCUUCAGAAACGAAGACGGGUCGGGACCGAUUGGAUUGGUGGAGUGCGUGAGGCCAGAGAUGUUAGCCGGAGAGUUAAUGGCAGUGCUCGACAGGAGGGGGGCGCCACCGACGACGAAUGAGGCUAGAGCAGUCGAGCUGGUGGCUCGCACUGCCGUUCGGUGUGUGAGCCUGGAGGGCACAGAGAGGCCUAACAUGACACAGGUUGUCACCGAUUUGGAGAGAGCAUACUCUCUCUGUGAAGAAAGCCACGGUAGCCUUAGCUUCACAAAUCCAACAUUAUCCAUUUCUUCGGAAUGA